GUACGGACACUGUUUGUCAGCGGCCUUCCUGUGGAUAUCAAGCCCAGAGAGCUCUACCUACUCUUCCGACCAUUCAAGGGUUAUGAAGGGUCACUGAUCAAGCUAACUUCAAAGCAGCCAGUUGGUUUUGUGACCUUUGACAGCCGAGCUGGUGCUGAAGCAGCAAAGAAUGCCUUGAAUGGCAUCCGCUUCGACCCAGAGAACCCCCAGACCUUGCGGUUAGAGUUUGCUAAAGCCAACACAAAGAUGGCCAAGAGCAAGCUGAUGGCCACGCCAAACCCCACCAAUAUCCACCCUGCCUUGGGCGCACACUUCAUUGCACGGGACCCCUAUGACCUGACUGGAGCGGCUCUUAUUCCAGCAUCCCCAGAAGCGUGGGCUCCCUACCCACUGUACACCACGGAGCUAACCCCUGCUAUCCCCCAUGCUGCCUUCACGUACCCCGCGGCGGCUGCUGCAGCUGCUGCUCUUCACGCUCAGAUGCGCUGGUAUCCUCCCUCUGAAGCUACCCAGCAAGGAUGGAAGUCUCGUCAGUUUUGUUAG